UCUGGAGCUCAGCCAGGGUGACCAUCAGGUUCUUGGUCACCUCUCUUACCAAGGCCCUUCUCCCCUGAUUGCUCAGUUUGGCCGCUGUGCUCUUGGGAGCCUGCAAUGCAGCAGAGCAUUUUUUUUUUUUCUUGCCUUCCCCAGAAAUGCGAAUUGACCUGAGCUCUGCAGGGAGUUCCUUCGACGUCAUGGCUUGAUUCUUGCUCUGAUAUGCAUUGUCAGCUGUGAAGCCUUUCUAUAUCGACAGGUGUGCCUUUCCAAAUCAUGUCCAAUCAAUUGAAUUUACCACAGUCGGACUCCAAUCGAGGUGAAACAUCUCAAAGCUGAUCAAGAGAAAUGGGAGGCUCCUGAGCCAACAAAAUGUGAAAAAAAAAGGGAAGGUAUCUGAAUACGUUCCGAAUGCACUUUAUAUCAAAUGAAAACAUACUAGAAGUUUGGUAUUAAUCCCCUCAAGAAGUCAGUUCAAUGGUAGAGAUCAGGGUAAUGGGGAAGGACUAGUGAAGCUAUGUUUAGUAUCGUCUCGGUCACUGGUGCCUUUUAGGACAAGAGUCAGUAGAGAUCAGCAACAUGAGGCCGGCACAAGAGAGUGUAAUGUGACUUUCCAAAUAGAAACUAAAGUAGCAGAGGAACUGUGUCAGGGAAUACAAACACUUUCCUUUCCUCUCCGUGCUACACCACAUAGAAACGAGGUAUGGCUACUGCUGGCAGUCUGCUGUCUAUGGAGCAGCUUCUUUGUCCCAUCUGUCUUGAUUUGUUCAACCAGCCAGUCUCCACUAUUUGUGGGCACAACUUCUGUAGGGAUUGCAUACAAGGAUACUGGCAGGAUGCUAAUCUGUCGCAGUGCCCCAUGUGCAAGCAUGAGUUCUACAGGGGGCCUGAGUUCAAAGUUAACACAUUAAUUUCAGAGGUGGCCUCUCAGUUCAAGAAGUCGUUGGCAAAAAAGGGCAAAAAAAGACAAAAAUGAAGCCGACACUGUGGACCAAUAUUCAGGCCAUGAAGGUGGCAGUGGAGCUCCCAAGGAGGUCCCUCUCCCCAGCGCUAAGCGCUGUGGUGUGGACGCUGCUCUCCUGUGGCAUCCUGCUGGCAUUCUGCUUCCUCCUCUUCACCCUGCGCUUCAAAAACAACAGGAUUGUGAAGAUGUCCAGUCCAAAUCUGAAUGUCCUGACUCUCUUUGGAAGUCUACUGACUUAUAGCAGUGGCUUCUUAUUUGCCAUUGAUGAACGAACACAUUCGCAAGGUGGACCAUCUACAGCUGUGCUACAAUGCUUUCUCCCACAGGCUCGAAUGUGGACUCUUUGUGUUGGCAGUACCCUGGUGUUUGGACCAAUUUUGGGGAAGACAUGGAGACUGUACAGAGUGUUCACCCAGCGAGUGCCUGACAAAAGAGUGAUCAUCCGAGACAUCCAGCUGAUGGGCAUGGUGGCUUUGUUGAUCCUGGUGGACACGCUGGUUCUCACCACCUGGAACCUCACAGACCCCAUCAGAUGCUCACGAUCUGUCGGAGCUGUUGUCAAGGUGGCGGAGAGAGACAUUUCCUACUCUUUGUCUCAGCUGGACUCUUGUUCUUCUGUAUACUCGAAACUGUGGGCUAUCAUUAUUGCUGUCCAGAAGGGUUGUCUGCUCCUCUAUGGCACUUAUCUGGCUGGACUGACCAGCAACGUCAGCCACCCUCCAGUCAACCAGUCUCCCACCAUCAUAACAGCCGUUACUUUAGUCACCCUCUGCUCAGCUGUGGUCGUCCCCGUGUCCAUCUUCUUGCAGGCCUGGCCCAACCUAGUCUACAGCACUGUGGCUGGAGCUAUCUUCAUCUGCACAUUGGCCACUAACUGUAUGCUGUUUGUGCCUCAGCUGACCCAGUGGCGGCAAUUUGAAGAGGAUCAGAACAACCCGGGUCAGAUGGCAAAGUAUUUCAGCAGCCCUAGUAAGAGCCAGCUGUCUGUGUAUAGCCAGGAUGAGAUCUACUACCUGCUGGGGGAGAACAACUCCAUGAAAAAACUCCUUAAUGAGAAAAACGCUGUGAUUGACAGUCUGCAGGAGCAGGUGAAUAAUGCCAAGGAUAAACUCCUGCGACUCGUGUCAGCCAGCCAGACCUGCGAGGACCAGGACAUGGACUCUUCUGCCACCAACCUCAACUCCUCCUCCACUCGGACCACAGAGCUUCAGUCUGAUGGCCCCUCCUCUUCUUCUCUACCUCAGAGAGACACUAGGUCUCAACUCUCAACCCCUCACCUGACUGCUGCUGCCGUUCAACCGUCUUCUGAGCAUCCCACAGCUCCAAACUCCUCGAACCCCAUUACUGCUUCCUCCCCUCUCCUCGAUGAUAUGUAUGUGGGUGAUAAUCAAAAGAGUGCGUCUAUCUCUGGCCCUACAGACAAAGACACAGCUGAGUCCAGAACAGAAGAUGAUCUCAAACAGCCUGUGUCCCUCCCGUCUGCUGGAUUACUCAGGACAGCAGAGGAGACCGUUAACUUUGUCACUUCCCUACAAGACUGUAGAGGGUUAAACCCCUUUCAGGUUGAAACUUUCGGCAAUCACAGUGGCCUAACAUCUCAGCUGGAACCAAACGCCAGACCGCCUGGUUUUGUUAGCAGCGAGCAGUUGCAGGAGAUCCUCCAGGAGCUGAGCUUGGAUGCAGUAACGGAAAGCACACUUCGAUCUCCCGGUCAAACAGCCAGGACGCCCUCUCAGCUAAAAUUUACAGCAGACUCCACACUCUCCCCUCUCUCCCCGUGGACACCAGGCUGCCCUCAUCCUCCUGUUCUCUUCCGUUACCCCAGCAUCUCACCCUACGCGAUGAGGAAACGUCGGCCGCCCUUCAACUCAUCUAGAAGAAGUUUGACCCCUCUCUGCUUCUACACAGGUUGUGGGAAGCUAAGGGAAAACUGUGAACACCCAAAUCCAGGCAAGCACCAUGAUGGGGUCAUUGUGGAUGGUACCCUCCUCCAGGUUCCCCACUGUGACCUUGAGCUAGAGGAGGAGGAGGAGGAGGAAGCAGAAAGGCAGGAAGUGAUGAGAAAAUCUCGGAGGUGUGUUUCAAGGUCUCACAGAUGUUCAGUGUUGCAUUGUGCAGAACACAAUCACACAGCGCGACCUGAUGUGGAAGCGGUUGGUGAUAAUGAGCAGCACCACAGACGCAUCAGAGACUCCUGUGGGUACUGGGACUCAGACUCAAGCAGCUCAACAGACUAUUGUUACUACCACCGUCCAUACUGCGACUCCUGCCUGCAGCGUGGCUCGUUCCUGUCCUCUGACAGCUCUUCAGACUCCUCCGACAGCGAGUACGAAGGCUACACCAGCCUCUACCGCUCCCCACACCCUGUGGUAUUCAAAGAAGACCUCAAACCCACCUUUGUAUGAAUACAGGUUUACUGCACUUUACAGGUUCAUCCAUUUCCACCUCUUGAAUUCAUUUCCGAAGAACAUUAAUAUUAGCUUUGAGGAUAGGACAAAAUUUGAGUGUGCAUUAGGAUAUUGUGCAUCUAUAUUGGGAGAUAAUUUGACAGAAGCUUUCAAUAGGAAUGUGUUUAUCAUUCUGUAUGAAGAGAGGGUUGGUAUUCUUGAAUCUUGCAUCGUGGGACAGACACUAUUAGAUUUGUGAGAUUUUUUUUGUAGCUCAAAAGCACACAAAGCUGUUUUACUUUUUAAUAUUUCUGCUGUCAGAUGAAAACCCUUACAGUUUGACAUUUAGAGUAACAAAUAAAAAAGCCCAGAAAGCAAAAUUAAUGGUUUUCACAGAACAGUUGAAAUGUGCAUUAUAUUAGCUAUUAUGCAGAUGUUUUAUUUAUUUUAAUAUUUAUUAGAUGUUUUGGUUUACAGAAUUAUUUUGUGUCCUUUUUACCAUUUUACAUUUUCAUACAUGUAACUUAAAAUGUUGCCAUGCCAUUUUAUUGCAUAGUCUGUAUUUUGUAGUUUGAGUUUUGCUUUAAUUUUCAAAUGCCCUACAUUGUCUACACAACACUCUGCAUUUGCUAUCACAUGCUUCCCAUCUACAGCUGGUUUAUGAGACACCACACCCUGUCAGAGCACUUGGGGAAAAUAGGUCACUGCAUUCGCGUUAUACUCUUGAUUAUUUUCUCUGUAUUUAUUUAAUGUGCAAAGGUCACAGUUAGCUGAAAUGUAUAUCACGUGUGUGAGUGUUUAAGUGUGCGUGAGAGAGAGAGAGUACCCUGCUGCCCUUUGAUCUUAAAGUCAUCACCUGGUUUUUUUUUUUUCUUCUCCUUCAAAAGAAACUCCACACCACGUCAUGUUCAUUCUGUGUCUUCUCCUGUUUUGACCUAUAAAAGAGCAAAACAGAAAGUGUAUGGAACGUUGACUUGAUGCAGGCCUGAAAUAACCUGCAGGGGUAUCACAGGGGCAAAAAGGAGCCCCUAUUAAGACCAACGUUCUCACAUUCCCUCAAAGCAUUUUACCUAGAGACUCACAAACCAUAAAGGGUUUCUAUGCAGGAAUGCUAACCUGCCCCAGGUUUGCUGCUGUUAUAAGGUUAGAUAUGCAGCAUGUAAGCAUAUUAAAAGUAGAUUUUGACACAAGACCCCUGUCAUAAGACAGGGCCUCAAGUUUGGGUGAAAAUGCAGGAGCCACCUUAAGGCUCUUACCAUUUCAGUUUUUAAUUGUAGUGUUGCAUAAUACUAUUUGUAACUGAUCAAAUUGCCACCAAGCAAUUUACAUGCAGACAACCUGAGACUUCUGGGGCCCCUAAGUGUCAGUUGACCACCGUGCCCGACUUGUGAUGAUGAAUACAAUACUAAAUUUGACAUUUAUUGGCCUUUCCGUGAUAAAAGCAAUAUCUUUACUGGAUUAGAAUAUUUGCCAGCAUCCAUUUCAUGUGACUUUAAUCAAGACCAAAAUACUUUCUAAAGACAAAUUCAAGAGUUUCUAUGAUCUCUCUUCAACACAGACAAAAAACAAAAAACUUGCCUUUCUCUCUGUCACUCCCUCCCACUAUCUCCUCUCUGUGUUUUUUCUCCUCCUCUAAUGGGAAAAUGUGUGUUUGCCGGGGGAGGUGUUGCUACGAAGGGAAAACGGAGUCUUGCGUUACUUCUGCUCAGCUGCCUGUUUUUGAGAUGCUGCUGCUCUCUAUUCUGCAUAUGAACCAUUGAAGGGCAGCCUGGGAGAAAUUCCCUUUGAUAUAGAACAUAACAGAGUAUAAAUAAACCACACAAAAGACCAACUAACAGCAUCCUUCUACAGAAGGAAAGACUUUCCUGCCAAGCCACUCUGUUUAAGAUGAGGAAAACUGGCAAAUUGAGGAACUGUGGAAUAAAAAUAGUUGUCAGUCAAUCACACUUAUAUUUUUUUUCUUCAAAUAACACAAUAGUCCAUGGUUAUCCACUACAUCAUUCAAAAUUUAAUACAAAAUCUUCUGGUUUUAGGUCAUCAGAGAAGGAUUUCUAAUAAGUCACUAUUUUUAAUGGGUUAAGUUGUAACUAAAGGUUUUAUUGAUGGUUAAUAAAACAUCUGCUAAUGCUCUGUUGUUCAGUUAAAAGCCAUUAAUAAGAUCAUUUUUUGGGUCGCCAGAUUGUGAAAAAUCUCUUGCUGAUUUGACUACUUACUUUGUGAAAA